GACCCAUUUCUUCUAUUUCUCCGCAUACAAAAAUCCACAGAUCUGUCUCUCAUACUUGGAAGGCUAAAGACCCAAUUGCUUUCUCUUUCUCUAACGUCCAUUUCGGGCAUUGCCGUUCGUUUUUGUGGAUAAUACAUCGGAAAUAUGUCUGCUCUGGUAGACCAUAGAGAUCAAGGGAAUGGAGCAGUUCUGCAGUCAAUUGCCACACCAAUCUGGUCAAUCAAUGUUUCGGAUAUAAGGACAGUGAGGGUUAACAACAUUUCCCUAGCUGUUUCCGAGAGGGAUAUCAAAGAAUUCUUUUCGUUCUCUGGUGAUAUUCAAUAUGUUGAAAUGCGAAGGGAAUCUGAAAGUACCCAACUUGCUUAUGUUACCUUCAAGGAUUCACAGGGGGCAGAUACAGCAAUUCUUUUGUCGGGAGCUGUAAUAGGUAAUCUUUCUGUUAGCAUUACACCUGUCGAUGAUUACUUGCUUCCGCCCGAAGCUCUUCCAUCAACCCUGGAGAAAAACCCAACUACCAGCCCUGCAGUUAAGAAGGCUGAGGAUGUUGUUAGCAGCAUGCUUGCCAAGGGUUUUAUUUUGGGCAAGGAUGCGAUCAACAAGGCAAAAUCAUUUGAUGAAAGGCAUCACUUGAUGUCAAACGCAUCUGCCACUGUAGCCUCAAUUGACAAUAAGAUUGGCCUCAGUGAAAAGCUAAGCAUCGGAAAGGCAGUGGUGAACGAGAAGGUUAGAGAGAUGGAUGAGCGGUACCAGGUAUCCGAGAUGACGAAAUCUGCUUUGGCAGUUGCUGAGCAGAAGGCAAGCAGUGCAGGGUCUGCUCUCAUGAGCAAUCACUAUGUAUUAACUGGAGCUUCCUGGGUUUCAAGUGCAUUUAGUGCAUUUGCAAAGGCAGCUGAAGAUGUCAGCAUAAUGACCAAGGAAAAGCUUGAGAAGGCUGAGGAGGAAAAGGAGGAGAUUAUUUACAGGGAAAGGACAGGGAUAAUCAGUGACUUUGCGCAGAUCCAUCUCGACGAGUCUUCAUCAAAGGGGCCUCCAAUUGUUCCGGUCAGUUCAGCUGAUGACCACAAGCUUGAAAUUAUUUGAGAGAUGAAUUGUCACUCAAUGAUGAAUUCCUUUUUGCAUUUUUUCGAAGUGGUAGGCCGUGCCAACUUUUGUGUGGUGGGUGCUGUGUUGAAUAUAGAUUGGCGUCAGAUUUUUUUAUUCAAUGUUUUUCUAUUUAUUUGGAGUCCUCUUGUCUGGCUAUGACAAGGUUACCAGAUGAAUUCAUGUAACAUAUAUGAUAAGAGUCGAUCAGAGAAUUCUUUAUGGUGUACAACGGGUUUUUUUUUUUUUUUUUUCCGGUUCUUGCAUAGAAUUCUAUUGAUUUUUUUGAAGUCAGUACGAUAAACUUGUGUCAUUCUUGUCAUCA